AUGUUUAUUUUCUUCGUGAAUGUUGUCAACAAGUUCGAAUUCGACCUCCGUGAGGAGAAAUACGAGAGCCAGUCGAGGCUGGGUCGUAGUACGACCGACCAUUCCGCAAUCUCUCCUUUGAAAUCAUCAACGGGACUUUCUAAGUUAAAGACUCCAGGACGCGGAGGCAGCGCGGAUAGAAGAAACGGACAGCAGGAGGAGAUUGUAAUUGUCGAGGAGCGUAGUUUGAAACUGGGAUCGAGCAUCAAAGUGGCCGCCGUUUGCACGAGCGAAACGAAACAAAACAAACGACUUUCCAAGAGUAGACGGGUCCGGCCGCCAAUCUAUUCGACGUUAUUUCAAAGUGUACGGCACAGGUUCGGGCCAGAGAGAAAGUCACGAAGAUCGGAUCUACCGUAUCUCUCGAGGCUCCGAGGACUGGUGUCACGUGUGCGUGACUUUGUCAGCCAGCCAUCAUCGGCCGCUGUCACGUGUACAUACCUAAGUGAUGUCCAAGUCCAUACGUAAUUUCUGACAAGCCCACGUCGGCGAGGAAAACAGCAAUUUGUAAGAACCGG